GGGGAUGGCGAGAGACGAAGGCGAGGAGGCGGGGCUUAAGUCCUAUGGGACAGCGAGCUUUAGUUGGGGGGCGUAGUUUGAGUCCUGCUUGAGCCCCGCGGGAGGAGGGAACGGGGAGAGGAUUUUCCGAAAGGGCCGUGGUUCAUGUCAAACGCGAGGUGGGGUUGGGGAACUGAGAGAGGGUCAUUAGGAAGGGGCGUGGCUUGGUCUCAGCCCAGAAAGUGAGAGGCGUGGUUUGCCUUAAGGGGCGUGGUUUGUCCCGUGAGGGGCGGGGUGUAAGGCUAGGCUCAAUGACUUCCCCCAGUGAAGGGGCGGGACCGCGUCCCAGGCGGAUUGACGGCUGUGGGCUCCAGUCUUGUUCCGAAGCUCGGCUAGGGGCGGGAGUCUCGGCUUGGGCUACUCCGGUCGGUGCUGCAGCCUCCUCCUCCUAGCAGCCGGAACCGGAAGCUACUGCUCCGCUCUUGGGCUCGGAGCCCUCGGGUCUUUCGGCCCCUCUCACCUUUGGAUCGCCGGGCGGGGGUGGGGUCUCGGGUCCCUUCAGUCCUGGGGGCGGCGGCGCCUGAGUUCUGGAGCCUGAGCCAUGGAGUCCGCCGCGCCAGCGCUGACCGAGGAGGACAUGGCCGAAGUAAAGAAGGAUGCUUUAGAAAAUCUGAGGGUGUAUUUAUGUGAAAAAAUCAUAGCUGAGAGACAUUUUGAUCACCUACGUGCAAAGAAAAUACUCACCAGAGAGGACACUGAAGAAAUUUCUUGCAGAACGUCGAGUAAAAAAAGAGCUGGUAAGCUGUUGGACUACUUACAGGAAAACCCUAAGGGACUUGACACUCUGGUUGAAUCUAUUCGACGAGAGAAAACACAGAGCUUCCUGAUAGAGAAAAUCACAGAUGAAGUGCAGAAGCUAAAGAUUGUCAAACUUGAGUAUCUGAAAGGAUUGCACCAUAAUAGCUAUAUGCCUCUUCCACCUGGAGCAACAAAUAGUCUGUCUAGAUUAGAUUCUAAUGAGUGCAAUUUCUCUGACAAAUUGAAAGACGGAGAUGCCACUGUUGUUUACCACCCAACAGGAGAGUCCAGCACAGCCUCCUUUUAUUCCAAUAAUUCUUCACUGAAUUUACCUGUCGUUGAGGUAGGCAGAACCGAAAGUAGCGUCUUCUCCUCAACUCCCCUUCCUGGACCUGGAGACCCUGGGGCACCUCCUCUUCCGCUAGAACCACAGUCAGAAGAAGGAGGAAACUCAACUGAUAUGUUUCUUCCCUUAAGAUCACGUUCUUUUUGCCAACAAUGACAGCUUACCCCACUUCUUUAAAAAAAGUUACUUCAGAAAUAUUUAAAAGGGUUUAUAAAAUUUUAAGAAAACAGUUACUGUCAAUGCUUACUAACCACCUACUGUAGCAUUUUUAUCAUGGCAUGUAAAUGGAAUGUUAGUGCAUUUUUAGGAAAUUAAAUAUAAAGCACAUUUUGAUUAUGUAUACUGUUGUUAACUUUUCUUGCUUUUUCAUCGUAAGAGUUUUAGUUCGGUGUGUUUUUGUUUUUUAAUACUGUUUCAAUUCAGUUUUUGCAGCUGGGGACAAUUUCUUCAUAAUGUGGCCAUUUGGGUUGGAUUUGCUGUGUUAAGACAGUGUGUGCUGGAAGUGGUCAGGCCUACCUAACAGUUCUCACCUGCUUUUUAGACUUCUCCCAGUAGAAUUUUCAGAGUUCAGAAGUUGGCUCUUUUUUGUAAUUGACCGUGUUGCUGGCUGGUGAAAUACCUGCGAACUAGCACCAGCGUAGAUUUUGCCCAAAGGGCAUUGUGUACAAGGACAUAGUCCUUCUUAAAUCUAUAUAAUGCCUCUACCUCCUGGUCUAACCCAAUGUGCCAAUAUCUCAGUUUGAUCAGUUAUGCUCAUCAUCAGUGACUUUAAUGCCUUUCUUAAUACACUCUUAUGUUCUUGGUCACAUUUUUUUAUUCCUAAGAAAGAACUAUUUUGUAACAUUCCAAUCAUUAAUAUUUCAGGGAGGGAUUUUAUGUUUUUAGUUUCUGUACUUUCAUCCUCUCCAGGUUGUUGUCUGGAGAGUAGAUAAAAUCUUAGAACAAAUUAUUUUCUUAUAGAAAUUCAAUUUUGGUGAACAUUGCUUGAAAUAAGUGGGACAUUUGCUGACCAUCUUGUCAUGUGGUCUUGUUGUUUAUUGUAAUGGAAUGUCACCUCUAUUAUUCGUGUCACAUUUUAUCUCUGGUGUGUUUAAAUUUGUUAUUGUUUACCUAUCAUAUAAGAUUUUUCUUAACCAUGCUAGUAAACAAAUGGUAGAAAUGCUAUUUGGUCAGUCAAUAAAUAUUAAGUACCCACUAUGUGCCCAGGCACUAUGCUAAGCAAUGGGGAUGCAAAUGUGAAAAAUAGUCACUACCCUCACAGAGCUUACAGUGUAAUGGAGUAAGACACCACCCAGAAGGAAGCUAAAAAGGAACAGGGGAAGGUAGAAAAGGGUUAUACCCGCCUUGGAGCAUAAUAGAGACCUAAAGGAAUGCAGCCCGGUGGAAAAUGGUGACCAGUAUGGGCACCUGCCUCAAUCAGAGAGGCCCCACAGGCAGAGGGCAUUGGAGUGGUGGGAUUCCUGAAGCUGGUGCAGCCUUGCAGGAGGACAAGGUUCUGAGGGCAUGAUGGAGAAGUUGCUAAAAAUAUUGUUAACAGUGUAAUAGUCUCAAGGAUACAGUAGGGUUUUUUAAAGCUAGAUUUCCUUUAAGAAUCCAAAUACUUGUUUCCAUUUUUAGAGCAGUAUACUAAACUACUUUCAAGUGUUGGUUAUAUGUGUACUUCUAGGAAAUAAUUGUAAAUCGUCAGCCACAAACAAACUUGACCUACUACAAUGUUUUUAUAAGAACAGUUCUGAAGAUUGAGUUAUGUCCACAUUUUACUCAUGAUUACUUGAGACUGUGAAAUAUUCCAUUUAUAAGUUCUAUCCUUAGACAUUUAUAGUUUAUUUUGGAUUGUUAACUAACUGUAAAUUAGUAACACAGUAAGUAAGAUUUCUGCUAUCAUAAUUUGAGUUUUUAAGAGUCCUUUAAAAUACUGAAAUGGUUUCCAGAGCCCAUAGAAUACUUAAAUUUAAGUUCUUAAAAACUGACCAUUAUCCACAUUUUAGGAUCAGUUGAGAUAGUAACCUAACAGGGGUAGAGUAAUCUGCUCUCCUGUGCUGCAUCCUCUAGUUAAACAGCAUACAUCAGCAUCUUAGGAUCUCUUUGAGUUGAAAGCAGUCAUAAAUUCUCCCCACCAAUACAUUUCCCCUCCGAUUAUGCACCUCAUCCCAAGCUGUUCACAUUAUCUUUACGGUAGUGAUGGAUGAAAGGGGUUUUUGUAACCUGACUCAUGAGGAACCAUGGACAGCACACAUUUAUCUCUCCUGUGAACAGAACUGUAUUAGGUGCUAUGGUAGGCAUCCAUCUCUGUAGGAGUUUGCACUGUUGAUGGAGAAUUUUAGUAUUUGCAAAGAACAUAGGUUGUAUCUAAAAAGUUUUUUGUGUUGGAUAUUACCAGCUUAAUAUUUCUCUUCCCCCUCUCUACUUUACUCUUGACCAAACCUGCUGCUAUUAAAAUUUAUAACUAGAAAUUUUUGAUUGGAAACUUGGGACCAAAGGGCACUACCUUCUCAAAACCACAGAAGGGAUCCUGUGGUUAUGAUUUCUAGUGAAAUCUGCAUACUGAAUGCCUAAGCUUUCAUCUGCUAUCUUGACUGGGGGAGAUUUGGGAACAGAUGUUGUUCACUAUUCAUUAUUAGCAAAAGUAUUCAUUUGGGCAUAAACUAAAUAUGAGAAAAUGAACAGGUUUCUUUGGUUCCUCAAUAUUAUGAGUCCCAAUAUUUUCUUGAUGUGUAAGAGCUAGAAAGAAAACUGACUGGGCUGUGUUUCAUCUCCCCAGCAGUGGGAGCAAUACAAGUUAUAGUAAAACAUUAUGCUUUUAAAUGAAAUCUAUUUCAACUUAUUUUUAAAAUGUAUUCUGAAAAAUUAUGUUUAUGUGUACCAGAUCAUGUAAAUACUAAAUUUUAAGUGGUGUUACUACAUGAAAACAUUUUUCAUUAAGUUUAUAAAGUAGAAAUUGAUUAUAUUUUUCUAGUAUUCUAGUAUAUUAUAGUUGAGCUGUAUUACUGAAGGAAAAAGACAUACUUAGUUUAUUUUUAAUUUUUCUGAGUUACCUGGAAUUUGAGGAAUUAUGUCCCACAUUUUCAGAAUAUUCACAGUAAUAUAUUUGCACUAAAUUGUGGCUGUGAAAUACAACUAGAUUCAAAAAACUUAGUCAUGUAGAUUAAAAUUCUGGAAAAGGUCCCAAAUCCUUUAAGAUAUUUAGUAUGCUGAAUGUUUAAUUUUCACUGUUUAAGUUAAAACUCAAUUAAGUAGAGUGUUCCUGAUUGAAGGGGUGUCUAAAGAUCAUUCGGAAUACCUCAUGUCAUUAUUGUGAAACUAAAUGGUCACCAAAACAGUGUUAAGUGUUUAGAAGUGUAAGUCAAAUUCAUACAGGCCACAGGAUAUUCCCUAAGAGUUUGUGAAUUUCUUUUUCUUGUGAUUUGCUUGUCUUUUCUGAAGUGUGCCUUGGCUGGAUUUUGGGCAGAGCCAAUAAUUGGCUUCAAUUUGGUUAACUUCCAAAAUCGGGGAAUCUUGUUCUUUUGAAAGGAGUCAGUUUUUAGUAAAAUUUUAGCAGAUUACCUUUUAGUUUUUAAUAAGAUACCUUGUGUUCCUGAAAAGGUAAAGUAGAUAUUUCAAUUUCCAGUAUGAAGUGCCUCAUAUUUCCAGGUUAGAUAAGAUUAUCCAAAGUUAAACAAGUGCCUUUUUGACCUUCCUUGUGUAUUCUUCAACAUUUUUAAUCACGUAAAAAUGUGACUGGAAGUCAGAAAUAUGAAAUGAACCACAUAAAAGACAUUGAAUGUAAGAGAAUUGAAAGUACAUGUAAUAUUAGUGUAAUCCAGUGGGGAUAUAUUUCUAAAUGCAAAAGAAUAGUUAAUAAAUAUGAAGAUUACUUUGCUGCACUAACCAAGUCUGAAUGUCAGUUUCCUCAUGUAUUUCAUGACUAAAGUUUGAAGAAAAAAUUUUACUAUUCAAUAUAAUUUUGUUUUAAUAAAUACCUUUGUAAAGUUUUUUACCUUCAA